AUGGCGUCCCAGUGCCACUGCGGGCUCAGCCGGGCUGCUCCUCAGGCCAAGGUGGUGGGUGUCCCCACCCGUCCCCCAGGCAGCGACGAGUGGAGGGUGCUCUGGCAGCUCUAUCGGGGCUGCCAGAAGCUGUUGCUGCAGACAGGGCAGGAAGCGGCCUGGACAGCCGCCGAGCUGCCCCCUCUGACUGCCGGCCGGGCUCUGCUCGGCACCCCUGGGGAGGGGAGAGUCAGAGCACCCACAGAGCAGCGACGGGAGGUCGGCGGCAGGGCACUCAGCGGACCUGGCAGUGGAUGCCCGGAGCUGGAGGGGAGGUCUGCCUGUACCGCUGAGGCUUGGGAAGAGACUGGCUCAACUCCUAGAAGUGAACGAGGUCAUACGCAACGACCUGUCCAGCGCCCAGCCGUAGCCACCCUCGGCCGGACGCUGUGCUCUUCCUGGCAUCGUGUGUCGCAGAGGAGACUGAGCCCACUUCCUGAGGGGCUGAGGACUUCCAGUUCUGCGUGUGGGACAGGGCGAGGAACGGCACAGGCAGCCGGGGAGCCACAGCCAUCGCCAGCAGCUUCCAGAGAUGGCCUCGCUCCUGAGGCCCUGGCGUGGCCCUCUAGCACCCCGGUCUCACUCCUGGAAGUGCCUUAUUUAACCAGACUGCCACCUGGGCAUGAGAGCGGAGCGGUGCAUCUGCCGGAGUCUGCCACGCAUGGUGCCCUCCGUGGACAGCCAGGGGCGCUGCUGGGCGAGGGCUCUGAGAGCAGCCCAGCAGGGUCCCCCGCCCACCGUCCUGGGUGUGCCCAGCUCUGCCACCUCACAGUGCCCUCAGCCUCUCCUCCGUCAUGGGCGCGGGACUGUCAGCGGCACCGUGCCAGCAGUCUGGCCACACUCUGGCUUUCGGACACGGCCCAGGCCAGGUGACUAGCACGAGGCCAGUUACUGGACAGAGAGCAGCCCCUGCUCCUGGUGGGCUGUGCACCGCAUGUAUGCACACACGUAACUGCCUAUUUAUGUAUCAGUAAGAAGUGACAGAGACCACGAAGCCCGCUCUUCGCCCCGCGUGGGUUUCCCGUCAGCAGUGGCCAGGACCCACUUUGGCAAGCACACAGGCCCCUCUAGACCUGGCUGUGCAGCCUCUCAUCGGGCAUCACCCUCAACAGAGAGGUGCAUUUGAAAUACGCAGGCCACCACAUAGCCGUCAAAAUCGGACCGUGGUUGUAAAUACCAUCACAGAGGAGUGUAAUAUAUCUGUUCAGCUGUAAGAUGGUUUCACAGAAGCCUUACAGCUCUGCUUCAUCUAAGAAAACAGUCACCAAAAACGUUCUCCGGCAGCCUUUCGGAGUAGCAGUGUCGCAGGCCAGUCCACAAAGGUAACUGCGGGUUACAGUCGCACUAGCCGCUGGUCGCCAACGGCUGAUCUGACGGCGGUGCCCUCGGAGACG